AUGAAGGCGCUCUCAACUCUUCUUAUUGUUGCGGCAACAAUCACCCAUGUAUCUGCUGCACCAACAGCGGACCCGAAAAACCUCGUAUCAAAAUUGAGUCUCGAAGCGGAAUAUCACACAUCCUGGUUAGAAGAUCCGACUCAACCAUGGCUUCGAAAAAGAGCGAGAGGACAAGGGGACCGUUGUGAUCCUGGCAGAGGCGAUUGUGUGACAGGCCUUGGGUGUUACGGAUGCGGGGGACACUCGCCAGUGUGUCAACGUGGGCCAGGGUCAAAUUUGUGUUGUCAUCGAGAUAGCCAGGCUUCCGUGGCUAUAUGCGAUAGAACGUAA